CUCCCUCCGCCUAAUGAGAUGCGUCAAAACCAGGCUCUCGCACUCUCCCACUUCUCCUCGUUCUCCCAAAACAUAUCACACAAUACCAUGACAUCCCCGCGCUUUUCCAAUACCAUCCUCGUUCCAGGAACGAGCGGCCAGAGCCCUUCCCUACAGACGUUGGGAGCGUUGGAUCAGCCAAGGAAGAAACGACCCCAUCGGAAGAGUCGGAAGGGAUGCGAUGCUUGUAAGCGACGGAAGGUCAAGUGUGAUGAGAGAGUGCCCUGUACGAAUUGCCUGCAGCGCAAUGAGCAGUGUUUCCAGCCACAUCAUAUCUCUGUUGCUAUUCCCAUCGUGGCCAAGGCAAUUGACCCGGUUCCGUGGAUCAACCUCAUGCAUCUCGAGUUGUUCCAUCACUGGGAUAAAGAAACGCGAUCGACCCUUGCAUUUCCCCAGAUCUGGCCCGUCGUCAUGCAGCAAGCCUUCCAUGUACCGCUACAAACCCACAUUUGUUAUACACUUGCUGACAUACAAUAGGAAGAUUUCGUCAUGUCGGCCAUCCUCUGCACUUCAGCAAUGCAUUUCUCUUCCCUCUGCCCCCACGAACCCAAAUACAGGGAUGCUUCAGGGCAUCUAAUGGCCAAAACCGUGCAAUUGUUUCGCAAAAACUUAUCCCGCCCCUUUAACAAGCAGAACUGCGAAGCACUCAUGGGAACAGCCCUCCUCGUCAACUACAUAUCAUGGUUCGACCUCGACUUCCUCCACGGCCAGACCAAACUAGACCUUUCGAAAGACCAAUUAUUCUUCCUGACCCCUGGAAUCAUUGAGCUCUGGUUUCGGUCGAUGCCCAUCUUCAUUGAUCAAGGGAGCAUCCUCGCUGACGUCGCGAGGCAUUCUCCGAGAUUUCAUAUCGAACAGGCUCUUGUUUCCUGGGGUCAUGAUCCGGAGCGUUUUGUUGGUUUGCUUAUGGACAUCUGGGAUGAUCCUCGGUAUCAGGGGGAGAGUGGCCCUCUGAAGAGUGACGAGCCGACGUCGUGCGCUUGGCGACUUCUUCUGGGCAUGGAGAAUCAGAUACCGCAUGCUUCCCCCAAGUCUCCUCUAGCAGAAGAAUCGUGUGAGGAGGACACACACAACCAGUCACUCACUCAUCUCAAAGAGGUCAUCACCGAUGUCACUGACAAGUUUACCUCCCCUACUCACCCCGCUGCCUCGAUGGUUCUAUCUUCCCAAUCCGACCGCUCAGUCUUCGAAACCCUCUUGCACCGGAUAUCUCCUCUUUUGUGCUGUGCAUCACUUGUGUCAGGCCCCAUGCGCUGUGACAUGACUUCUAUCAGUGCCGACAUUGAGGAGCUGUUCUUUGGGGUUCCGGUCCUUUGUUCUGGACCGAUUGCACGCUGGAUCAGUGAUGGAGACUCGAGAAUUCUCGUGUUACUGUGUCACUUUUACCGUGGUGCGCAGAUUCUACUUUCAAAAGAAAGAAAUUGGUGGGGAUAUACAAGGAGUUGCGUUAUGGAGCGCUUGAUACUGGAUGAGCUCAAGUCUCGUGGUCUUAAUGUUGACUUGUUAAUAUGAUGAUGUCUUCGUGACUUUGUAGCUCGCGAAACUGUAGCGAAAGAUGUUGCCCGUCACGUUGCGGAAUCAUAUAAUCUGUUGAGUGAAUGAUCAGAAUGGUGACAUCUCACAAUCCUUCAAUGCGAUGAGGCUCAGACUUCACGACAAGAGGCAUCAAUGAACCAAAACUAGUAGUAAAUGGAUAUCGCCAUGCAAAACUCUAAAAUGCAAACUAUUCAUACAUCUUCAUUAUUUAUACCGCUAAACUCCCCAGUCUUUUUUUUAUUGAUCCCUUGUCUCUUGAACAUUAGGAUUUCGCUCAUAACGCCAACGCUUUCCGUUCUCCUGCACAUGCCACCUUGUCAUGAAAGCACCCUCCUCCACCCACUGCGCCCACUCAACACCCCAUUUCUUCUCCACAGAGUCCAAGAAGGAGAGAUAGUCAAAGGCCUGGAUGGGGUCCUUUUCUAAGGGGUCGACCGAGAGGUCGCUGAGGCGCCACUCGGUGUUGUCGAUGAGAGGGACGCUGAGGUGACGGUCGGGAUAGCGGACGUCGCGCACGUUGAGCAUGGCUCGGCCGGGGUUGACGACGGUGAAGUGCCAUUGGGCUUGGCCUGUUUGGUUGUUGACCAUUUGCAUGGGGCGCAAGAGGGACUGGCCUUCGUAAUUUCCGACGAGCGACUCAGCGGCCUUGCGACUAACGCCUUCGAAUGAGCCACUCUCGAGCAUGAGAUCGAGGAUGGUCGGUAGAACUUGGGUGGAGUGAACGGCGUGCUCGACGUUGAAAGCGGGAAGAGAUGGGUGAGAGAAAACAAGCGGGACAUGAUCUGAUCCAACGCUAGGGUUGUAGUAAGGAGAGGCCUUGCCAUUCUCAACCAGCGAGACACCGUGAUCACCAAGGAAGACGAUGAGAGUCUCAUUUGCAACACCUUGAUUAUCCAACAUCUUGAGAACCUUGCCAAUCCACUUAUCAUCAUAGCUCUCAGCGUUGGCGUAAUGCGACAUCUCAUCAAUGUCCUUGCCAGCUCCGAUAGCAGUGUACGUCUCAUUCUUAGGGAUACCAUAAGCGUGAUGGCUCGUGCUGGUGAUAUGCGUAAGGAAGACACGACCGUUGUUCUCCUUGGCAUCAUUAAAGGCAUCGCGCAUGUAAUCCUCAAGAGGGUCCUCCUGGAAGCCAAAGUAGUUAAUGUCCUCCAGAUCAACACGGUGCUUGGCGUUCUCGCUGCGAAGGGAGUCUCGGUCCUGGGUGUUCUCCUCGGGGUAACCGCAGGCAGCCAUGAGCUUGUGAUGGUUGUCGUAGUGGAUCAUGGCGGUCUGGAAAAAGUAUGACUUCCACUUGGCAGCUGACUCGUCUUCGGCCUUGUUCAUGGCGUCGAAGAUGUGAGGGAGGCAGGGUUGGUAGAUGUGACGCUUGUAAUCGAGGUUGAAGUCGGCGAUGAGGGGGUUGAGACCGCAGAUGGUGCCGACGAGACUCUUGAGAGUGUAAGUACCGGAGGUGUAGGCGUUGCUGAAAUGAGCACCGCCACGCUUAGGUGUCUUGUCGUGCUUGAAACCAUCAUCGUAAUCGCCAGUGACAUAUCGGGCAUUAGGCAUCAAGUUCUUGAGUCUCUCUUCGACAUCCUCAGGAAUCUUCUUAUCGGGGUAAGAAUCCUUGAAUUUCUCCCACAUAUGACCACCCUUCUUGAAGGGGAAGAUGUCGUUCCUGGUACUUUCGAGCAGGAAGAGCAUGACAUGCUUGACAGAGACAUCCUUGAGCUUAUCCUUCAGCUCCUCCAGCACAGGCUGGUCGAGGUUGGAGAUCUUCAUGGGAUCCUUGGCGGCGUUGUAGUGAAGCUCGUUGGGUGUAUACCAGUCCUCAAAGCCAGCCAGAGGCUUACCCUUGGGCAGCCAAUCCAUCUUUGGGGGCUCGCCAAGGGCUGACUUCUCAUCCCACUGGUGCUGGAUGCCGACUUGUUCAAACUUGGAAGGGAGUUGGUCGAGGAGUGGUGCGGUUGAUGAGACGUCGACGAAGGGAAGGAGACCAGUGGUCCAUGAGAGGAAGAGGAGAGAGCGAUCAUCGGGGCGCUCGAGUAACAAGACCAUCAUGGCGAUAGUGAAGAGAGACCAAAAGAAGUAUGGCAUGCCGUAGUGAAUGCGCCUCACGGUGGAAGGCUGCACUCGGACGCCAAAAGUGCUGACUCGUUGGGAGAUUCGAGAAUACAGAGUUUGCGAUUUGCCAUGCUCGACAAAGUCCUCCAGCCAAGCCUCAUCAUCAACAUCGUCGUACUGGUUCUCCUCGGCAAUGACAGGCUCAGGAUCGGGAAGAGGACUGUAGAUGUUUCGCUUUCUCAAGAAUCGGUUUGUCGCAGUUCGCGCCAUAGCCCAAGGGAAAUGGAGCAUAUCCGCACCCCACCCAAACACUCUAUAGCACACAUUCUGAAGCAGCCAAGCAAGGACGAUCAAGCAAGAAGCGACCAAGAUGAAGGUCACGAGACCAGAAAGGAAGAUAGCUCUUGAAGUAGGGUCCGACACAAGGUUGAGGUUUCGCCAGUGGAUCUCGGCGCCGGAGACGAGGUAAAAAGUAAUGGAUAUUAACGAUAGAGCGACGUUGUAUAAUAUUAAUAAACCAGCGACUGCUGUAGUGGCGUAGUGUAGUAUUUGGGUCCUGGGCGACCAUUGAUCGAGGAGGAGUCGGAUUAAAAGAAGGACGAGAAUAUCUUGCACGAAGAAUGUACUGAAAAAGGUGAAUAAUCGACCGGUAGCGACGGCGUUUCGGUGGCUGUGGAUGUGGGCGAGCUUGGAUGCGAAGAGGGCUGAGACGGCAAAAGUAAAGAUGAAUGGGCGAUUGGCAAGACGAGCGCCCAACCUCGUGAGCCAAGAAGGUAUGCAGACCAUGUUUGAUAGACAGCCGUAGAGGCUAAAAAGAAAAAAAGAUAAGAUAAAUGAAUGAGAGUAUAGGAAUCACACUGAUCACAUAUAAUGCUUAUAAGAAAAAAUGUCACCUCAGAGCUGAAAGCCAAGCACCAUGAUCGCCGUUUUGUUCUAGAAGAAAAAGACAAGAAGCUCGAGACAGGAAAUCGAAAAUGUGGAGAAACAACCGGGAACCCGGGACUGUUAUAACAGAUUUUCUGCCAUCAUCGUCUAUGGCUUUUUAAUUAGCUGCGGCGUCUACCUAAAAGCUCUGACCGAGCGUAAAAAAAGCG